AUGCAUAAUUUAUUUAAAAAUGUGCCAAAAGCCAAUAAGAAAGGUGUUAAACUAAUUCUUGUCUGUUAUAAGUCUGGAAAAUCACAUCUUGAAGCAAUACUUAGACAAAAUAUGCGUAGAACAAAGUUCUAUGUAACUUUUGGACAUGGUGCUCAAGAUAUAAACCAUUAUACAUAUGCUGAACUUAAAAAAAGUAAUAAACAAGAGAGGAAAAAAACUAAAAAAAUAAUUAUUCAAGAAGAUAUUACAUAUUCUGAAUUAUUUGAAUCUGAAUUUUUAUUCCCAAUACAAGUUUCAAAUGUGGAAACUUAUAAAGCACAAGCUUGCCAAAAAAAAACUACAAAAGCAAAAAAAGAAAUACUUGGUCCAUUACUUGAAUAUAAAAAUUACUACUAA